CUAUAAAAGCAGCCCGGUCCUCCCCUCGCUCCGCACAGCUUCCCAGGAAUCCCGCUCCAUCCCGCCGGUGACUUGGGCUCGCUCGCAUCUGCAGGAGGAUGUCCCCGUUCUUGGACAGCAUCGCCACCAUCGUCAGCGUCUUCCAGCAACACGCCCGGGGAGAUGGGGACGGCUCCGGCCUCAGCCGCGGGACGAUGAGGGAGCUCAUCCAGAGGGAGUUCGCAGAUGCCCUCGUGAAGCCACACGACCCUCAGACCAUCGAGAAGAUCCUGCAGUUCCUGGAGUGGGACGGGGACGGGGACAUCGAUUUUAACGAGUUCCUCCUCUUGGUGUUCCGGGUGGCCAAGUGCUGCUUCUGGUUCCUGCCGAGGGCACCGUUCCUGGUGCAGAGGACAAAGGUCCCGACUGGAGCAAAAUCCCUCCGGGAGCCAGAAAUCAGGAGCAGAGGGAACCACCGGCAGCUCCAGGAGGAGGAGGAACAAGAAACCCGGGAGAGGAAUCGUGACCGGCCCCGUCAAGUUGAGCUGCAACGAGACCCCAGGGUCGGGGAGAUGGAAAUCUCAAAGGGAACAAGGAGGGAUCAGCAGGAACGUCGCACACGGAGCAGGAGCGACGCGGAACCAAGCAGGGAGCCGGGGGAGCCGAUCCCUCAGGAAUACCAGGAACGGAGCCAAGAGCCGUGUGAGCAGCGGGAGAGCCGGAGAAGGCGGCAGCCCCCGGAGCCGGACAGACGAGGAGAGAGGAGAGAUCGGGAGGGGUUCCAGGAGGAAGAACCGGCAGACGUGAGGAUCGGCAGGCAACGCCGUGAACCCCAACCACGGCCGGACCGGUGGAGCCGCCAGGAUCUGGGGAGUGAUGAAAGAACCCAGCAGCCACGAGGAGCUGAUGGAGGAGGUGACAACCGGCCACGGGAACCCGAAUCGCUGCGGGAAGAGAGGAGCCGCCACCGCCGGCGUGAGCUGGAACAAAGAGAGCUGGAAGGGAGAAGCCGCCGGGCAGCUGAGCUGGAAUGUCCGGAGUCCAGGCGGCCACAUCAGACAUUCCUGGAGGAACCGUUAGAGAUCGACCUCGGGGAGUGUGAGAGAGCGGAGCCAGUGGAACGCGGCUACGGACAGAGAACAAAGCGGGAACGGGAGCUGGAAUCGGCGGAAAGGGAAAGGGAGAUCCAGGAGGAGCUGGAGAGGGAAGAAAGAGACGAUCCCAGAAGAAAAGGGAGAAUGAGAGAGAGGAGGGUGGAUCGGGAACAGGAGCUGGAGCUGGAGCUGGAGGGAUCUGAGCGCCGCGGCCACCGGACACAGGAAAUAGAGGAAGAGGAGGCCACCAUCAGCCAGAGAGAGACACGGGAGAGACGUGAGCGUGAAAUUCGUGAGGCUGAAGAUGAUGGAAGGAGAGAACGAGAAUCAGUGAGGUACGAAAGGAGAAGAGAGACCUCCGUGGCAGCUGCAGAAGCCGACGUCAAAGUGCGCCGUGAGAUCCGGGAACGGGAACCACGAGAGGAGCCGGGAAGGAGGGAACGACCCCGUGAGUGUGAAGAAGAAGCGGAACCAGAGAGGAGAAUUGUCCGUGGGAGAGAGAGGGAAGAGGCCGUGAGGGAGAGGAGAAUCCAUCGGGAUCGGGAGCUGGAGCUGGAGGGCUCUGAGCGCCGGACACGGGAAAGGGAGGAAGAAGUGGCCGCCAUCAGCCAGAGAGAGACACAGGAGAGACGUGAGCGUGAAAUUCGUGAGGCUGAAGCUGAUGGAAGGAGACAAAGAGAAACUCUGAGGUACGAAAGGGAGAGGGAGACCUCAGUGGCAGCUGCAGAAGCCGACGUCAAAGUGCGCCGUGAGAUCCGGGAACGGAAACCACAAGAGGAGCUGGGAAGGAGGGAACGACCCCGUGAGUGCGAAGAAGAAAGACCGACUUGCCCCAGAAGAGAGAGGGAAGAGGCCAUGAGAGAGAGGAGAAUCCAUCGAGAUCGGGAGCUGGAGCUGGAGGGCUCUGAGCGCCGGACACGGGAAAGGGAGGAACGAGAGGCUGUGAUCGACCAGAGAGAGACACGGGAGAGACGUGAGCGUGAAAUUCGUGAGGCUGAAGCUGAUGGAAGGAGACAAAGAGAAACUCUGAGGUACGAAAGGGAGAGGGAGACCUCCAUGGCAGCUGCAGAAGCCGACGUCAAAGUGCGCCGUGAGAUCCGGGAACCGCGAGAGGAGCUGGGAAGGAGGGAACGACCCCGUGAGUGUGAGGAGGAAGAGAGGAGGAUUUGCCCCAGAAGAGAGAGGGAAGAGGCCGUGAGGGAGAGGAGAAUCCAUCGGGAUCGGGAGCUGGAGCUGGAGGGCUCUGAGCUCCAGACACGGGAAAGGGAGGAACGAGAGGCUGUGAUCGACCAGAGAGAGACACAGGAGAGACGUGAGCGUGAAAUUCGUGAACUCGAAGAUGAUGGAAGGAGACAAAGAGAAACUCUGAGGUACGAAAGAGAGAGAGAGACCUCUGUGGCAGCUGCAGAAGCCGACAUCAAAGUGCGCCGUGAGAUCCGGGAACCGCGAGAGGAGCUGGGAAGGAGGGAACGACCCCGUGAGUGUGAGGAGGAAGAGAGGAGGAUUUGCCCCAGAAGAGAGAGGGAAGAGGCCGUGAGGGAGAGGAGAAUCCAUCGGGAACGGGAGCUGGAGCUGGAGGGCUCUGAGCGCCGGACACGGGAAAGGGAGGAAGAAGUGGCCGCCAUCAGCCAGAGAGAGACACGGGAGAGACGGGAGCGUGAAAUUCGUGAGGCUGAAGAUGAUGGAAGGAGAGAACGAGAAUCAGUGAGGUACGAAAGGAGAAGAGAGACCUCCGUGGCAGCUGCAGAAGCCGACGUCAAAGUGCGCCGUGAGAUCCGGGAACGAGGUGUGGAGCCAAGAAGAGAGCGACCCCGUGAGUGCGAAGAAGCAGAACCAGAGAGGAGAAUUGUCCGUGGGAGAGAGAGGGAAGAGGCCGUGAGAGAGAGGAGAAUCCAUCGGGAUCGGGAGCUGGAGCUGGAGGGCUCUGAGCGCCGGACACGGGAAAGGGAGGAACGAGAGGCUGUGAUCGACCAGAGAGAGACACGGGAGAGACGUGAGCGUGAAAUUCGUGAACUCGAAGAUGAUGGAAGGAGACAAAGAGAAACUCUGAGGUACGAAAGGAGAAGAGAGACCUCCGUGGCAGCUGCAGAAGCCGACGUCAAAGUGCGCCGUGAGAUCCGGGAACGGGAACCACGAGAGGAGCCGGGAAGGAGGGAACGACCCCGUGAGUGUGAAGAAGAAGCGGAACCAGAGAGGAGAAUUGUCCGUGGGAGAGAGAGGGAAGAGGCCGUGAGAGAGAGGAGAAUCCAUCGGGAUCGGGAGCUGGAGCUGGAGGGCUCUGAGCGCCGGACACGGGAAAGGGAGGAACGAGAGGCUGUGAUCGACCAGAGAGAGACACGGGAGAGACGUGAGCGUGAAAUUCGUGAGGCUGAAGCUGAUGCAAGGAGAGAACGAGAAUCAGUGAGGUACGAAAGGAGAAGAGAGACCUCCGUGGCAGCUGCAGAAGCCGACGUCAAAGUGCGCCGUGAGAUCCGGGAACGAGGUGAGGAGCCAAGAAGAGAGCGACCCCGUGAGUGCGAAGAAGCAGAACCAGAGAGGAGAAUUGUCCGUGGGAGAGAGAGGGAAGAGGCCGUGAGAGAGAGGAGAAUCCAUCGGGAUCGGGAGCUGGAGCUGGAGGGCUCUGAGCGCCGCAGCCGCCGGACACGGGAAAGAGAGGAAGAAGUGACCACCACUGACCAGAGAGAGACACGGGAGGAGAUCAGACUGGAGGUCCUGGAGGAGGAAGAAGAGGAAGAGGAGACGGAGCAGGGCCGGUGCCUGUACCAGACCCUGGACGUGGACACCGGAGAUCUCUGCCCGCCAGGACAGGAGGUGCCCGUCAGUGACCUCAGGGUCCGGUACAUCCCCGCUGACCCCGAUGUCCGGCCCGAGGUCCGGGUGCUGCCCGAUCCCGUUGAGCCCCAGACCGUCGCCUACUUGGUCCACGUGAUCCAGAACCUGGAUGACCCCAAGGCCACCACCUACGAGAUCGUGUGCCAGCAGCCCGGCCAGCGGGGCCGGCCCGUGCGCGUCAGGACCUGCUCCGUGUCCCCGCGGCCACCGAGUGACCGCAGGGGCCACCCCGAGCCGCCAGCCAGAGAAACGGGGAGGGCUGAGGCGCCACCUUCCAAAUCCCGGGAAAUCUCCGAGGAUCUGGAUGAGCCCCGGGAAAGAUCUGGAAAAGAGGUGAAGGACGGAGCUCUCCGGGAUCCCGCUGAGCCGGAGGCUGCGAAAGGCGAGCGGGUGAAAUCCAAGGAGAUCCGGAGGCGCCCCGAGAUCCCUGAGGAGCAGCAGGAUCAGCCCCAGGGAGAGGGAUCCCAGAAAACCCCGCGGGAGCCCGGAUCCGGCUGCCAGGGGAGAGAGCGGGAGGACGGCAAGGCCAAGAGCUGCCCCACGGCUCCGGAGCCUCAGGAAUCUCGGGAUCCGGAGCGGAGAGAUCCCGGAGAGAGCCGGGCCCACAGAGAGGGAAUCCAGGAGGAUCUGGAGGAUCCUGAUCUGGGAAAGAGCUGCCAGGAGGAAUCCAGGGAGAGGAGCCCCCAGGAAUCCGGUGAUUCCCAGGUUUCUUGGGAAGGUGGCACCAAGCAGGGCCAGGAUUCCUCGCAGGAGGCCCCGAAUCGCCCCAGGGAUGAAUCCAAGACAUCCUGAGGGGAAUCCACCUCUCCCUGGAGCCUCUCCAGGUCUUUUUGAGGGUCACUCCUGGCCCCCGUUCCCAGCUCGGGCCCAGGAGUGAUGGACUCAAAAGGAUUCCGGGGUGUCCAGUGGGGUUUGGGGCUUUUCCCUGGAAUUAUUCCUCAGCAGGAAGCGAGAUCCCCCUGGAUCUGGAAUUUCCGCCUCCCUGCCGGGUGCGUCCCUCGAUAUUUAAUCACUUUUUCUGCUCUAAUUGGAGUCCUUGGGUCCCUCUGUCCUCUUUUGUACCCUGGGCUGUCACUUCAGGUCCCCCCGGCCCCUGGGCUGGGGCUCCUCUCAGCUUCUGCCACGAAACUCAAAAAAAAUUCCUGAUUUUGGGGCCUGGAAAUCCUCGAGGUUGGGAAAAAACGCCACUUUUGUAGCCUUGAUUCCAGCAGAAUUCCAGCGCCAGGCUCGGGGGUUUGGAGCGGCCGCAGGGUCCUGGUGGUGGGUGGGGGAUUCUCCUUCUCCUUUUCCUUUUCCUUCCUUUUUAUCGCAUGGAAAAUGGGAAUAAAGAGCUGAUUCCUGCA